AUAAAAGGCGGCGGCGGGCUGUGCCGGUCCUGCCUUCGCUCACCAUUGCCGUCGCUGCCGCCGCCGCCGCCGCCUUCCGCCUUCUCCUUCUUCGUGCCCAUCGCCGCCGCAUCUGGGCGCUCCCUCCCAACACUCUCUGUGCGCUGCUUCCCUCGCGGGUGUUUUCGGUAUUAGGAUAAGUAGUAUGAUUAUUAAGUGUCGCCUUUCAGCCCGUCUUUCUAUGGAAAGUAAAGGGAAUCGGACUGUGGUGGUGUUGAACAAUUUUGACGAACGGGAUACCUUUAGAGAAUCCUGAUCAAGCUGCCGGCAUCCUGAUAUACUUGAAUAAGACAGGGGCAGAGUUUGUUGGUCUUGUCUAUUUGCUACAUCAGCACCCAGCAGUGUUCCUUGCUGCUUCCUUCAUCUCCAUACAACCAGCUUGCAGCUGAUCAGAAUGGUUGGAUUCAAGCCCACUGAUGUCCCUCCCACAGCCACUGUGAAGUUUGUUGGAGCUGGCACAGCUGCCUGCAUUGCAGACCUGAUCACCUUUCCCUUGGACACAGCAAAAGUCAGAUUGCAGAUCCAAGGAGAGAAGCAUUUGGCUGCCUCGGCCCGGGCGGCGCAGUACAGAGGGGUCUUUGGCACCAUGGCCACGAUGGUGAGGAAUGAAGGGCCCAAGAGCCUCUACAACGGGCUGGUGGCCGGCCUGCAGCGCCAGAUGAGCUUUGCCUCCGUCCGCAUCGGGCUGUACGACUCGGUGAAGCAGUUCUACACCAAGGGCUCGGAGUAUGCUGGCAUCGGCAGCCGUCUCCUUGCCGGGUGCACCACUGGAGCGAUGGCUGUGGCCGUGGCUCAGCCCACAGACGUGGUGAAAGUGAGGUUCCAGGCUCAAGCCCGGGUGGAGGGUGGCAGGCGGUACCAGGGAACCCUGGAUGCCUACAAGACCAUUGCAAGAGAGGAAGGAUUUAGAGGCCUCUGGAAAGGGACUUCCCCUAAUAUAACCCGGAAUGCUAUUGUGAAUUGUGCUGAACUGGUGACCUACGACCUGAUAAAGGACGCCCUUCUGAAAUACAACCUCAUGACAGAUAACCUCCCUUGCCAUUUCACCUCUGCGUUUGGAGCCGGCUUCUGCACGACUGUCAUUGCUUCCCCUGUUGAUGUAGUGAAGACCAGAUAUAUGAACUCUGCCCCCGGCCAAUACGGAAGUGCUGUAAAGUGCGCCCUCUCCAUGCUUCAGAAGGAAGGCCCUCUGGCUUUUUACAAAGGCUUUACACCCUCGUUUUUGCGGCUGGGAUCCUGGAAUGUGGUGAUGUUCGUGACCUACGAGCAGCUGAAGCGCGCCAUGAUGGCGGCCCGCGGAUCCUGGGAGGCCCCCUGCUGAGCCUGUUGAUGGGUGCUGUUUACAGAUCUUAGACGUGUGCACACAUAACAAAUCCUCAAUUUGAAUCCCCCCAUAUCUGUAGAACCUUCCCUAUAGUGUUUUUUGAAAACUACUUUUGUCUUAACAUUUCGGUGACUUCUUGUUCAUCAGGAGGAGGAGCGCUUGGCUGCUUCUCUCUCUCUAUUUUAGUAAUUUGUUCUUAAUGUGGUGUUGUCCGUUCUCUGUAGCUCUGCUCUUCGGAUUUGCCUGUUUGGAUGCGAGUGCUUUAUUAAGCUCUGAAGAAUUUAGACCGCAGGGGCUCAGUUUGCAAGAGGGCUGUGUGGACUCCCCCAUCCAGCUUUUCUAUAUGUAACAUACACAUUACACAAAAUUAUACAUUUGUUGUACAGAAAGUGCUUUGACUGAGGCUGUAGUAGGUAACAUCCGCUGGCCAAUUGCCCAGAGCCAUGUUUUCCCAAGGAAAGGAAGAUGCUGGAAUAAUUCACAAGUGGCUGGCCCAGCCUUUCCCAGCCUGGCUGGGCUGAUGGGAGUUGUAGUUCAAAAUGUCUGGAGGGCCCCAGGUUGGGUGAGUCAGGACUAGUCACUUGUGAAGUCGUCUGAAUCUGACUGGACAUGGCAAAAUCCGGUCUGGAUCCUGCUGAUUCUUUAUAAGGUGGUGCUGUGGGUUUAUAAAUACAGUCCAGACUGGGUAGCAGAAGAGCAUUUGGGAGGGAAAGCGUUGCAUUUUUUAUUUAUCUAUUUUAUUUUUUAAAAGGAAUUUACUCUAGGCAAGGCUUACUUCUAGCUUUUUGACACCCACUGGAGGUGGGGGGCAGGAAAUGAAAGUGGUUGGAAGGGGAUUAACUCUCCCAUUCACACGGCACUAAAUCUCCGCACCUCAUAGGGAUUCAGCAAGAGCCCUUUUCCUGCAUACACAUUUGCUACUAUUGUGACUAAUUUGGCUCUUUUGAAUCGAGGCCAAGCUGCAAGGCACGGCAGGCAAACUGGAUCCCAAAGGGAUAGAGAACUUGGGGAUGGCUUUACAGCUUGCGAGAGUGCCAGCAUAUUCCUCCAUCUCCAACUAUUAUGAUAUCAGUGUAAUUAUAAUCAGAACAGUCUUUAAUUUGAUAUUAAGAAGGGAGAUCAAACACAGUACAUCAGCAUCACCCAGCUGCAUUUCCCUCGAUGGCUAAAUGGCAGACUGAGCUACAAAGUUGUAAGCUUGGGAUACAAAUUGAUCUCUAAUUGUGGGCUCAUAAAUGGUGGGGAGGGUAUAAAAAGGCUAUUGUUUAUUCCUGCGUUUUCAGAGUUGGAAGGUGAUUUGAAAUGGGAGUUGCUGUUCAUGGUGCAUGUUCACUUAUAAAAGGGAGUUGCAGGUUUUUGUACAGUAUAGAAAACCUGUUUGACGAGGUGACGGUGGGACCAAAUGCAGGUAUGCGUGUUUGCACUCCCUGGAAAAAUGAUGCCUUUUGGAACGCACUUCCAUUUUUCUCCAGCUGUCAUGCCCCUCCAGCUUUUCGCUUUAAUGUUAUCUGAUGAUCAAUACUCCGAGGGUGGUGGGGUGAGGGUGCUGAAUGUCACUUCCUGAAGCUCUCCUCGUAUUGAGCAGCCAUGGUGGGACUCUGUACCAAGUCAGGCGGAGAAUUUGCUUACAACAAAACAAGGAAGCCUCCCUUGGUGUUUCUGCCUUUCGAUCUAGGCAUGUUCUUGACCAAAGCUUUUGGUAAGAGCAUUGCUUGAAAUUUUGAAGCUGACUUUGAGCUUGGUUGCCUUUGAUGCUUGGAGCAGAAGAUAGGCCUUCACAGCUAAUUCCCACCCCCUUGCCACCGGGAAGUGAAUUUGGGAAUCGAGCUCUUGAGGAGCCCAGACCUGUGAAGGAGUUAAGUGCAAGAAUGGAUGUAGUUCCCUGGGAGGGGCUUCUGUUGGGCACCAUAAAUGGAUAAUAAUGGGUGCAUCUUUUAUAUAGGCUUCCACUACCACCACUAUCCCACAGGGAAAAAAUUACUCUGGUCCUUUUUUUUUUUUUUAAGGGUUGCACACUUGUGACUUGGAGAAGCUUCAUGGCCAACAUCCCUGGAGAUGUGUGUGAGAGAAGGACACUGUGGGCUUCCCUUCUGCUCUUUCUCAAUAGGACCAAAAGGAAUUUCCACUUGCCAUCUAGCUUGCUGGUAGAGCCUGGCUGAUGGGAAUGGAAGCGGAGAAGGGCAUCUGACCUCCUCCUCCUCUGCUGAAGGUGUCUUAAAGAAACGGGAGGUCUCUCCAAGUCACAGUCUGGCAGCUCAGGCGCUCCUUGUAGUGUGUGCGUAUGUAGCUAUAUACUGUUACAGUUUCCUGACUUGGGAAUGACUCUCCUUAACAAUUUUUCUGCAGGGCUUAAUGAAGCAUCUUACAGGCUGGUAACUUGAUGUUUUAACCUUUUAGAGAACAUGCAUCCUGAGGCUUUGUGUGUGUUACCUUUCUGUAAAGCUAUUUGUGAUGGUACAAAGUGGUGAUGGAACUGUUGUUUUUUUAAAAAAACACCUUUGUGUUGUCACGUCUCAUUUUUUAAAAUAAAGCUAAAGUAGAAAGCUCA